GUUUCCCUCAGCCACCAUAAAAUCACAUUGGAACACUUCUUUUUGCCUCAAUGUAUCCCCAUAACAAGGAUUUCUAGCAUAUUAUCAUUGUACUUGGAUCAAUUUUAACUUUUUAACUAUACCCAUUUUCAAUUUUUCGCAUCCUCUUAAAAUCAUCCAGAAAAAAUGAGACUACAACAAGUAACUAGACUUUGGCUUCUUAUGCAUUGUGCUCUACUUUCAUUCAUCUACGUGUCCCAUUCAUCUCCAACUACCUCUCCGUUAUGUAAUAAAGGACUUAAAUCAGAACUUCCUUACAUGACUUCAAAUAUCAAAGAAGUAGAAGGCAAAUCAUUUGAUUACAUAAUAAUCGGAGGCGGAGCAUGCGGCUGCCCGUUAGCUGCCACACUCUCGGAAAAAUUCUCGGUGCUCAUAAUCGAACGAGGUAGCUCACCAUACGGUGACCCAACGAUCUUCGAACGAACCAAAUUCGGGUUUCCCUUAGUGGAAACAAACAAGCACACUUCAGUUGCACAAGAAUUCAUUUCCUUAGAUGGAGUUGUAAAUUAUAGAGGAAGAGUUUUAGGUGGAUCAACAGCUAUAAAUAGUGGGUUUUAUAGUAGAGCAAGUAAAGAGUUUAUUAAGAAAAUGGGUUGGGAUGAAAAGAUGGUAAAACAAGCUUAUGAAUGGAUAGAAACAAGGGUUGUUUUUCAACCAGAGUUUUUAAGUCCAUGGCAAUCUGUUGUAUUAGAUGGGCUUUUAGAAUCAGGUAUAUUGCCCUUUAAUGGGUAUACAUUGGAACAUGUUGAAGGUACUAAGUUAAGUGGUACUAUUUUUGAUGUGUUUGGGAAAAGACAUACAGCUGCUGAUCUUCUUGCUGUGGGUAAUACUAAGAAUAUUGUCGUUCUUUUGAAUGCAACUGUAAGCAAGGUGUUCUUCCAUCAUGAGGGGGAUGAAUUAAGAGCUAAAGGAGUAAAGUUCAUCCAAAGUGAAGACAACACCAAAAAAUCCUACAAAGUAUACCUUAAAAAGGCUGAAAAAAAUUCAACAUCAUCAAGUGAAGUAAUACUCUCAGCGGGAGCACUAAGUAGCCCACAAAUCCUAAUGCUAAGUGGAAUUGGACCUUCAAAACACCUCAAAAACAUGAACAUUUCUGUACUUAAAAACAUAGAAAGUGUAGGACAAAAAAUGCAAGACAAUCCUGCUAUUUCCCUUUUAGUAGAUUCCAAGCCUAAAUCAAGAAUUCCUGAUACACCCCAAGUAACGGGCAUAACUGAUCAGUUUAAGGUCAUAAUGGAGUCGAUUAUUGUACCUAUUAGCAAGAAUUUAACAAGGGUUUCUAUUGCAGGAAAGCUUGCAUUUCCUAAAUCAAGAGGUAAACUUGAAUUAAAGAACAAAGAUCCUAGGGAUAACCCAUUGGUUAAAUUCAAUUAUCUUUCGAACGAACAAGAUAUGGAGUUAUGUGUUAAGGUACAUCAGUUUGUCGAGCAUGUAUCAAUGUCGGCUUCAGUGAGUAUGUUCUUAAGGAACGAGCGAAAUAGGUUCGAAAAAAUGGGGAAAGAAGAGAGUAAAGAGUAUUGUAAGAAGAAUGUGAGUACAUUUUACCAUUAUCAUGGUGGGUGUAUCAUUGGGGAAGUUGUUGAUGAGGAGUAUAGAGUUUAUGGAGUUAAGGGGUUAAGGGUUAUGGAUGGGUCUACUUUGGUGGAAUCUCCUGGGACUAAUCCUAUGGCUACACUUAUGAUGUUAGGGAGGUAUCAAGGUUUGAAAAUUGUGGAGGAAAGAACUAAUAUGUCUUCAAGAUAAUCAAAGAACUAGAUUGUCUUGAACAUAAUCAAGAUUGUUUCUGGUCGUAUAAUAUAAUUCGACAGCUAAUUCGGCUUUUUGAGUUUGCUAUUUAUUCAGAUGGGUCAAAAAUCUUCUUAUAAUUCUAUGGACCUAUGGUUAAGUGUGAAUUUGAGUGAUUUUUUUUAUGUUUGUGAAAAUCGUUUUAGAAAAGAAGUGUAUCAUAAUCUAUUUUGUUCAAUAAUUUUAUUAAUAGUAAUGCCUAUUGUGGA